GUCGCGCUCCCGGGCUCUAGCACGCCUCGCCCCGCUCCAUUGGCCGCUCAGCCUGGUUGGACACGUCCCUGGGCCACGUCGCUCCCCUCGCCAUCUUUCAGCUGGGAGUAGGGCAGACGCCGUAGUCUCGGUGUCCUUCUAUCACUUUUGGGGACCCACUCGCCGCUUAAGUUGAUCCGACCUGUUCGCCAUUUAUUUCUCAUUCUAACGUUAUUCUGCCGCUGAAGGCCGUCGCUCUCUCUCCCUCUCCCUCUCCCUCUCUUUCUCUCCGCGCCGACAGAAACAUGAACAUAUUCAGGCUCACCGGGGAUCUCUCUCAUUUAGCGGCUAUCAUCAUCCUGCUGCUCAAAAUAUGGAAAAGCAGGUCUUGUGCCGGUAUAUCUGGCAAAAGCCAGAUUCUCUUCGCCCUGGUUUUCACUACUCGCUACUUGGACCUCCUCACCUCCUUCAUCUCACUGUACAACACCAUUAUGAAGGUUAUCUACAUUGGAUGUGCAUAUGCCACAGUGUACCUGAUCUACGUCAAGUUCAAAGCCACCUAUGAUGGCAAUCAUGACACUUUCAGGGUGGAGUUCCUGGUCGUCCCAGUGGGUGGCCUUGCUUUCCUUGUCAACCACGACUUCUCUCCUCUUGAGAUAUUCUGGACUUUCUCUAUCUACUUGGAGUCAGUGGCUAUUCUUCCCCAGCUUUUUAUGAUCAGUAAAACCGGUGAAGCUGAGACUAUCACCACCCACUAUCUGUUUUUCUUGGGGCUCUAUCGUGCCCUGUAUCUCAUCAACUGGAUCUGGCGCUACUACUUUGAAGGAUUUUUUGAUAUGAUUGCCAUUGUGGCAGGCAUUGUUCAGACAAUCCUAUAUUGUGAUUUCUUCUAUCUUUAUGUAACAAAAGUGCUGAAAGGGAAGAAGCUGAGUUUGCCAGCUUAAGUGCCAAAGCCAGAGCCUUGGCAGUCGUGCGUGGGGGCACAGGACACCACUGACACCAAGUUUGAUUAAGAUGCCUGAUAUGGAAUACAAAAAAGGAUCUACUUCUGUUUUUCCUGAGACCUUGAACAGCUGUGGGACAGUUUUGGAUUUAACCUGUGGCAAACCCUCGGCUUCCCCCGUAUUUGGAUUCCUGAAUUUUUUUUAUUUUAAUUUUUUUUUGCCUUACUAUUUUAUUAUUUUUUUCAUCAUUAUUAGGCACUAUGGGGGGAAAAAAGUAAGAAGUCUUUUCUACAUGAAAUGUGUAUUCCCUUCAGUUUGGCUCACGGCAUCAUAAAAGAGCUGAAAUUGCCUAAAAUUUGAUGGUGUGUAUUGGUCAAGGGGACUUAUUCUUAUGAUGAAUAUUAACUAUAUUUGUAAGAGUAUUUGCAAUCUUAAUAAAUGUAAGUUGUUUACUGAAACUCUGGAUGAGUGUUGGUUGGACAAAUUACUCUCUGUGACAGAUUUGUUUGAGGAAUGGUUGUUUUUACAUUAUCACCCUGUGUACAUUCCUUUGCAAAGGAAGGCUAAUCUCAAAACAAUGGUUUUGCCCCAUGCUCUGGUCAGCUCUCAUAUUUUGUUUUAUUAGAAUGAAAGGGCACCUUUUCAGUGGUUUUCCAAGUUUGUAAGAUGGAACAUUUCGAAAUAAGCAAGUCUGUAGCAAUAUGGAAGCCAAUGGUGGUUUUUUUUUUUUUUUUUUUUUUUUUUUUAUUGCACCAGAGUUAUGUUUGCAUCAGUUUGCACACUGCUUUAUUUUCACUGCUAAUUGGGUAUUUCAUUUACCCAAGUGAUGCAUUUUGCUUUAAAAAUGCAACCCCCCCCCCCCCCCCGACAUGCACGUAUAUGUGUGUGUAUUUAUACAUACCAGAUUUUAAUCAUAUUGGCCUAUGUGCUUUUUUUUUAACAUUUUAUCUGAUGGUUCUAAAACUUGGGUGCAGUAUGACAUGAAAUUUGUUAAGGUAGCAUAUAAUUUAACAAUACAGGGACUCGUGUCCCACACAUUUAUCUUACAUAUUGAGCGUUUGAUUUUUUUUGGUCAUAACUGUGGCCAGCAGCAUUGCCCAUAGAGUUGUAAAGCAUGAUUUGUAUAUUGAGCUAUACUUUACUGUUCUAUUUUGUUUCUAAUCACUGAUGAAUGGGCAUUGUUGCAAAUUGGAUUUUUUUUCAUUGCUUCUGGAUUAUAAUUUUCCUUCUUUUUUGCUUAGCAAAAAGCUAAUUUUUUUUUUUUUUUUUUUUAAUUAUUCAGGUUUGCAUGAUGUCCACCUCAAAUAAAGAUUUUAUGGGAAACAUCGUU